AUGUUGGCACUAUUGGCUUUCGCCACAGUUCUUUGCUCUGUUUCCUUCGUUGAAGGUACGGUUUUCUUAAUGCCUCACUUCCAAACUAUCCCGCCUAAUUUUAUUAAAGUUUCUCAUUUGUUCUCUUUGUAGCCGUGAUUACUUCUGUCUCUUUCUUCAUUUGUACUUUUAAAUUAUUAUUAUUAACUCACAAUGAUUAAUUUGUUGAUAAUGUAUAUCAAAGAAUUACGCGCGUCUGAUUGGCUGAAAACGAGUGCAUUUUUCAUGUAACAUAAGUCCCAAAUACAAAAAGCGUGUGUGCGCUUCGACUGCAAUUUAUUGUGAAGAGGCACAAUUGCAUUUUGUUACACAUACCAAUCUUUUUUUUUCCCACAUCUUAAGGUUGCGGAACCCGAAUCUCAGGAGCACGUGUGGUGGGUGGGGAUGAUGCAGCCCCUCAUUCUUGGCCAUGGCAGAUAUCCCUCAGGGUCCGUGGAACUAAUCACAUAUGCGGGGGCUCCCUUAUUAAACCCAAUUGGGUGAUAACUGCAGCGCACUGUGUUGGCGGAAAUCUCAGGCCAAGUUCAUACACGGUUGUCGUCGGUGAGUAAAAGUACAUUAUAUUGUUUCCUUUAUAUAUUAUUGACAGUUUGUCGAUCAAUAGAAUCUAAAAAGUAACUAUCCCAUUCAAUUCCUAAAUAUUAAAAAUGAAAUAAUUUCAUAAAAGCGAGAUUCUCUGAAGGCAGGCCUUAGUAAUCAAGUCAGAACAAAUCUCAGAAUAUAGCAUUAGGUUAGAAUGAAUUAUAAAUUGAAUGUUCACAUUUUAAAUAAACAGAGGUAAUUGUGAAUUGGGAAGGAAGCGAAGUCUCACAACCUAAUUGCGUUUCAGGGGCACAUAAAAGGCUAGGUGUGACCGCUGUCCAAAAAUCACAUAAAGUAAAGAAGGUCAUCCGACAUAGAGGAUUCAGUAUGCGUCACUUGAAAAAUGACAUAGCCCUUUUGGAGUUGGAACAACCCGUUAUGUUAAGCAACAAGGUGAACUUGGUAUGUCUUCCAUCGAGGGGAAGCAGCGCAGUUGUGGGAUCAAAGUGUUACAUUACUGGUAAAUAUUACCUUUUAUAACGAGUGAGAUAUUGCUCUUAUUAUUGAAUAUUUUAUUGAGUUUUCUUUGAUCAAAAUUACAACAGUAGAUCAAACGCAGCAAAUCUUCACACGGAACCGAUUCGUGUUGCCUGACCAGCGCGAAAAAAAACUCGAAUAACUAAGUCGGAAUUGAUCCUGAUUUUGCAGUUGAUUUCAGUUGGUUCAAAGGGUGACAAGGUUUUUCCUAUGGUGAUCAAUCACUGGGCGAAAUAAAACAAUUAGCUUUCACCAGAAAGAGAUACAAAACUAUGACCAAAAAUAUGACAGCAAGGAUGCUGACCUCAAUUUCAAUCAGUAUCUUACGCUUGAGCUACCUCCUAAAUAAAAUGGUAUUUUCCCCUUUCUUUCAACGUAUUCACAAGCACAGUCCCUUUUAUAUAAAAAGUAAUGCACUGAAGUAAAAAUUUGAAAGGUGGGAAGGCCAGUAUCAUGUUUGAUUCCAACUUGAAUCACUCAGAUUUUAAUUCUUCGGGCACGGCCAUGCCCUUGACCGAAAGGUUUACGAUCUUACAAAAAAUAACUUUUCAACAGGCUGGGGAAGAACUGUGGGAGGAGGACCUGCUGCUAACAUUCUCCAACAAGGUAUGCUACCUGUUGUAUCAGACGCCCGAUGCAAGAAAAGGAACGGCAACCUUCUCCCUGUUGACAAGACAAGUAUGCUUUGUGCCGGAAGCGGAAAGAAAAAUCAACCCGGUGGUUGCCAAGGAGACAGCGGUGGCCCCUUUGUCUGUAAAGAAAAUGGCAAAUGGGUGCUUCGAGGUGCAGUGAGUUGGGGACAUAGAAUGUGCAAAACCACUAAAUACACUGUGUUUGCUCGCAUCAGUAACUUCAUUGACUGGAUAAAUCAGAACAUAUCUGGCGGCAACAGUGGUGGAAACACUAGCGGUAGGACUUUUUAA